AACUUGUUUGCAUAAAAAAACUGAAAAUAAAUAGAAAUUUUUUUUGUUUUUACGCGAAAAUCAAUCAAUACAAACAUUAUCCUCAUACAUAUAUUGAAACGAUUCGAAGCAAACAUUACCAAGAUGUCCAAUGACCACCAAUAGCAGCUAAUCCUAAACCAAAGCCAAUUUUGAUGACCAACGACAGAAAAGGAAGCAAGAAAGCAAAAAAUAAAAAUAGUGAUAUUGACCACUUGACCAAAAUGGCAAGCAAAACAAACAAUACGGCAAGCUCCAGCUCUAACAAUAAUGAGGAAGAACAGAGACGCAUAUGGGUGGGCAAUCUGGAUGCACGAAUCACCGAGUUUCAACUACUCAAACUAAUGCAAAAAUGCGGCGCCAUUGAAAAGUUCGACAUGCUCUUUCAUAAGGGCGGUCCCCUAAUGGGUCAGUCCCGUGGCUACGCGUUUGUUACCUUUGCCCACAGUGAUGGUGCAACUCAGGCAUUACUGAAAUUGGAUGGCAGUCAGGUUGGCAGCCGUUCCAUAGCAGUGCGUCUGGCCAAAAAUAUCAAAUAUGAUGACCUGCAGAAACCCAAACCACGUCUAGAGAUACCCGCAUUGGGUACUGGUCGACGAGAAGAGAAGAUAAGCAAAACGGAGGCUAUAAGAGCUAUUGAGGCUAAACUGAAGCUUUUGGAGCGACAAACAGAUGAUAAUUUAGAACUCAACACCACUCAGAUGGGCCUGGGCGUGUCUUAUUCCACGGGUCGUGGCAGAAAUGACCAGCAACAUGGCCCUGUACCUUUCAUUCAACGUUACCAAUUCAACAAGGAGCGCGAGGAACGUGAUCGCAAAUCCUCAAAAUCUUCGGCUCCCUAUCAUAGGCAGCAACGACCUAAUCGACGGCGCUGAAAUAUUGCCAUUUGACCAGACGUCAAAACAAUCAAUCCGCACUCAUCCUCAUACCAUUAACAAUUAAUUUAUUAC